GGUUAGGUAUAGGUUUAGUGCGCAGUUGCUAACCCGUCAGUUUACUUUUUGAUUUGUUUUCUUUCACCUUCCAAGUUCAAGUUAUAAGUAAUCAAUACCAGUUAAAUAUGACCUAAAUUUCUUUAUCUGUUAAGAACAGCUGUUAAACGCCGUUAUUAAUGUGAAAUCAUGGAUGCAUCCCUCGAGAACUUCUCCGAGGGUGAGGUGUCCGAUGAUGGUUUGAAGAUUGUUUUGGAAAGUCCCAAACGGAAGCUACCCCGAAAGUCUAGGACACCGAGAAAGCUGGAACGUUCCGAGCUAGACAUAAUAGAUAGCAUAGCGAAGGAUCUAGACGAAAAGUUAGACGCCAAAGCCGCUAAAAUUAAUUUAACGACCAUAAACGUUAAAAGUAUUUUAAAGCAAGUUGUUACCAAUGAACACGUUUUGGGAUUCGUGCGUCAAAGUGAGGAUCCUCAGGCUCCUCAAACGAAACUACCGUUUGAGCCGAAACUAACUCGAGCUAAGGCCAAAGAAUUAUUUCCAUCGCCUACUAUUACGGCCUUACCAUGGUUAAGCCCGAAGCGACCGAGCGAGGUCCAAAAGUUGAUAACGGACGAUCUCGCAGAAGAUUCAUCGGGGGACGAAUACGUCCCGAUGGAAGAAGAGAGCGAAGACGACCGCAUCAGCGAACCGAGAUCGGUGUCGCCACUGACCGCCGUAAAAGAACCGGAAUCCGAGAAGAUCCAAUGGAGCGACGACGGCGUUUUCAAAAUUCCUCCCAUCAAAACGCAAGAGGGAGAAAUCGAGGAGGCGAACAUCGCGUUGCGGACCCGCUCGAAGCUGUGUUUGAGUUCGACGCCUUUGGAAAUCAUCGAGGAGGCCUUUAUACCGCCGGAUAUUACGACCGACAUGUACGAUAUGGAUUGCGACAACGACGACUGGCGAGAUUUCUUGAAGAAGUUCACUCGGCCGCUAGACGAGGUUACGAAACCGUGUGAAGACGAAGAGCACGAUCCGGAGUAUAAUAUUCUUGCGGAUGAAGAGGUGGAUAAAGUUGACAAAGAGGAAUUACGUGCAGACCGUGCUGUAAAAGUCUCCAGGAAAGAAUUUAACGACAUGUUGGCCGAACUAUUCGAGUACGCGAAUAACUUUGAAGAUAACGAUGAGAACAACGCUUCCGUUAGCACUAUCAAUGACAGUCAACUGGUCUCGGACAUUUCAGACAUUGUGGAUACAACCCCUCAAUUAGUCGUUCCACCGGUCGACGUGCCAGUUAUACCGACAAUUGAACCGUCGUCCGAGUUAAUAUAUUGCGAGGCCAUGCGAAUGGAUCAAAAGCUCUUGCUCGAGCAGCAAUUGCGCCAACACGUACAGUUACUCGCUCAGCAUUUCCUGUUAUCGUACCAACAUCCGGAAUAUCACGAUUUGUCGACGGAAUUUAAAGCUUGCUUGUAUAACUAUAAUUGUUUGGCGGAGUUGAAGGAGAAUUCUAUUUUUAAGACGUGCAAUUUAGAUGGCGCUAUUAAGUUGAUGAACGAUUGGGAGAAACAGUUUCAAUUAAAUACGGACGAAAUAAAAGAAAUGAAAGCGUAUGUCUGUCGAGUUCUGCAUGAAUCCCAAACGAGUAAAGCAGCCGGUAUUGAAUACAUAGUCACUUUUCCGCCGUUAAUCAUGGAAACAAUUGCCAGGAGCGAAGUCUUUAUUUAUCCCGAUUUAUUACCAAUUAUACCAUUCAAGUCUACGUCGUUAUUUAGCAAAUUCAUCGAGAGUUAUACUACGUCUGAAAAUCAAUUAGUGGCGCUAGGGUUGGAGAAGUUUACCCCCGACUUGGCCUGCGACAAGUCCAAUUUAAACGGAAAGGGCGAGGUGAAACUUAAGCGAGUGUGCGCCUUAAUUCAGAAAUAUUUCACUCCGACAAAACAGAUUACAAGGUUGUAUUGCCAUAUAUUUAAUAGUAAGCAUCCUCGAGCACCAGGAAAUCCGAUAAAGUAUUAUUUUCAAAAUAGAAGAGCUCCCGUUGUUAUUCAUUAUGUUAGAAGUUUGGAAGAGUACGGGAUUCUUCCGCCCUGUAAGAGGAAGAAGGAAAUGUUACCGUAUCAGUGGAAGAUGUACCUGUAUCCCCAUUGCGCUCCUCAGGGUAUACUUCUUCCUACGUCUUUAUCAGUCCCUACUACAAUAACCAAGGUUCAACGUCCCCCCGCUUUCAACAAAAGCUUUGCGACGAAGAAUUUGAGAAGACGAACCGUUCAGCGAAUACCCCUUCAUUCGAACUCCAGAAUUGUACCGCAACAGUUAACGCCUCGAAAUCAAUCUCCUGCGACGUUCUGUUCGACACCGAAAUUAACUUCCAGUUGCACUCGGAAGCACCUCGACCAGUACUUCAGAUCGCCGAGAGCGAAUAGACUCGGCAACAUCAGUCCCAAGUUAAAAUCGUUUAAAUUUAAUUCGUCCAUUUUUAACAAUUUAAGAAAGCUCGAUCAAGACGAGCUGAACAUGCUGCCCAGCAUGCCAUUUCUGGACGGUAGUGCGGUCGGUGAAAGUAGGUCGCCUGUGGCUCAAUUGAACCACUUGGAUGGUGUGGAAACUGAACCGCCCCCUGCAGAAUGUGACGAUGAUGAGGACGCAAAUCAAAAGGAUAACGAAGAUGAUAUCAAUGCUCUGAUGAUUGCAAGUUCAACAAUUCGAACACCUAAUCGCCGUACUCAAUCCGCCACAGAUAAAAAACGUGCCCGAUUACAAAGGGAAUACCUCGCAAAUUUGGCUAUGCUAACUCCCGAAGACCCUGUAUAUCUACAAGAAAAAGCCCAAAGUUACGCGCAAGCGUACUUCGACAAGGUUAAAGAACGAUUAUCUCCCGAAGAUUACAAGGAGUUUAUGGAAGUGCUGAAUAACUUCGAAGAGAACACUUGUAGCGUUACCGAGCUGUACAAACAAAUCGAGUCUGUUAUGGGAAGCGAGCAUUCCGAUCUCAAAGAGGAAUUUUUAACCUUCCUCAUGCCCUCACAAGCCAAAGAAAUCGGAAAACUAAUCCCCUACUACACCCUCAGUAACAUGUCGCUAUUUCUGCGCAAAUUGGAAUUAUACUUCAAAGAUCAACCGGCGCAGUUACGUAAGAUCUAUCGUAGCCUUACGUAUUUAACUACCUGCGUCGAUAUCAAUAUGGAACGUGUUAAGGCAACCAUCUUGCCGCUACUCAAAGGUAAUAAUUUGCUAACCGACUGGUUUUUGCAAAUUUUCCCUAGCGAGCCUCCGCCGCCCAGCCUGCUGAACGGCGUUUGGGAGAGGAUGGAAACGAGACGUGAAUUUAACUUGCACGAAGAUGUCUUCGAAACGGUUAACGUUCCUGAAAUGGAAGAUCAUUACGGGGGUCACAAUUGUGUUUGUACGUGUCACGAAAGUAACGAUGUUACUUUUAAGUCUCCUGGACAACACUGUGUUAAAUGUGGACUUAAGUUCUUUCAAGGUCGUGUCUACAUUCAAACUGCAAAAGGACUACGGCUAGCUAACGUUACAUUCAAUGGGAAUUCUGGCGUCGACCACCAUCUAAGGUUGAAUGGUUUACAUGCGGACAGAAGGAAACGAAGAUCGGAAGUAAGCCCCUCGAAACAGUUUGCAUCACCGGCCAAAGAUAGUCACGACGAUCACAGGAUAUCAUUGGACAGCGAAGACGACGCCGACGGCUUGAAACGAAAGGGUCGCACGUCCAAAUCGCCGAGGAAGAAGAGGGUGAAAUUUAGGGACGCAAACGAAAAGGUGGCGCCGAUUGAGGUGGCGUGCGAAACUCCGCUACCAUCCGAGAUCGCGGAAAACAUUCCAAAUUCUGAUGAAAACGUAAAAAUGGCGGCGGCAAUUUCGAACAUCGACGAGUGCGACGGCGCCAAUGAAAAACCGUCGAUGGAGGACGCGGGGGAAUGGGACUGCAACACGUCAAUUGAAUCGGUCGAAGUACGGCACAGUCCCGAGCAUAGCGCCGAAUCCGAAUCUGAAUUUUGCGAAGAAUCUUCUCAAGAUAAUAUUAACACCGAGACCGACGAAUCCGCCGAAGAGUUGGAGAGCUUAAGUAACUCACCGGUUCAUAGCGACAACAGUAAUAGUAACCACGCUCCCGAAGAGGUGUCUUGGACGCGGGACGAAGAUAAAAUAAUUCUUGAAACGCUUCAAAAAGAAUGUGGAAGGGAUAGCGCUUUUGUUAAUAUUUCCGAGCUAUUGGAGAAUAGGUCGGUUCUUCAGGUUAAGGAAAGAGUUCAAACGUUAAUGGAUUUGCUGCAGAAAAUGACAUCUGCUUCAGAGAGUAAUUCGCAAAAGUAAUUGUCUUUAAUUUGUUAUAAGUGAACUACAAAUUAGAAUUAGUAUUAUUUAUUUAAUAAAGUUGCAUGAUGGCUCUGAUAGUACUAA